AUGGCCUUCCUGUUUUUCUCUGCAAUCUCAAAGCUGCCCAGAAUACUUCGCGAAGCGAUCUUGCCCGACAUGCUUAUCCCCCCGAUCUCCAACAACCCUUCGAAAGUCCAGCUCGCACGCAUAGGGCACGUCUACUUUGAGCAUCCCGACUUGGAGCAGUUCUCCGAGUUCGCCUCAGACUGGGGUUUCGUUGAAACAAAACGGACUGAAAACAGAAUAUGGUACAGAGGGUACGGCAGAGAUCCGUACGUCUAUGUCGCGUCCAAAGCCAAGGAUGGGAACCCAAGGUUCGGUGGUGCUGCGUUCGUAGCUGCCUCCGAGGAAGAGUUCGAGAAGGCGGCGCUUCUGCCCGGUGCGACUCCGUCAAGUCUCGCAGAUGCGCCCGGCGGGGGCAAGAUGAUCACGUUUCAGCGUUCUGACGAUAUUCAAUUCCACGUCAUAUACGGUCAGACUGAACGCGAGGUCGAAGGGCCUCCGCCGUCGGCCACGCACGAGAACGCAGGCCCCCUCAAUGGCCCAUUCGAGAAGCCGAGACAAGGCAAGUUCCAACGAUACCGCGAGGGACCAGCUCUCGUCCACAAGCUCGGUCACUUCGGGCUCGUCUACCGCGACUUCGACACAGAGCUCGAAUGGCACACGUCCAACUUCAACUUCGUCCCGUCGAACGUUCUGUACCACUGGGACUUCUCCAACAUCGACGUGCUCACCUUCAUGCAUCUCGACCUGGGCAAGGAAUACUCGGACCACCACGUGAUGUUUAUGCAGCGCGCGCCUCCCGAGCUCAAGAAGAGCUACAUGCAUCACAGCUCGUACGAAGUCGCCGACUUUGAUACUCAGCUGAUCGGCCAUCAAUACCUGGCCAAGAAGGGGUAUGAGAGCGUGUGGGGGGUGGGCAGACAUAUCCUGGGCAGUCAGAUCUUUGACUACUGGAAAGACCCUAGCGGGUAUAAGAUCGAGCACUACGCUGAUGGAGACUUGGUCAAUGAAGACACGCCGACGACGAGGGAGGUGGUUGGUCCCUUGUCGAUUUGGGGGCCGGAGCUGCCGAAGGACUUUGGGGACGACUCGACGAAGUAUGGAUUCUCCUAG